CUUACCACUACCACCACCACCACCUUCUGAAAAACCCUACCUAAACCCUACAAAUCAAGAACAUAAAUGUCCUAAUCAAAUUAAAAAUGACUAAACAAAUCAAAACAAGAUCAAUGGUGUGAAAUGGGCGGUCACUAAUUUUAGUAGUAAAUAGUUAGUGAGAAGGACUGACUACUCCUGAUGAAUUCAUUUAAAGCUUCCAACUACUUCUUCAAAAAACCUAAAAAUACUAUCUUUCAUUAUCAUCAUCUUCUUCGUUAUCUAUGUACAAUUAAAGAAUCUUCAUUUUCACUGUCUGAUAGACCAAACCUAGGGUUUCAAUUCAUUGACCAUCGAAAAAGAAGAAGAAGAAUUCCUAGUAUUUUCCUCACUUGUUCCUCACGUUCGUAUUCAUCAUCAUCAUCAUCUACAUUCAUGGAGGUAGCAAAAGCAGCUAUUAGGAAGGGAUCUGCGGCUGCAGAUAAAAUUGGGAUCAGAGCUGAAGGAAAUAACUACAGUAAUUUUCAACUCAUCAGUACUGCUGUGAAGAUAUGCAAUGACAUUCUGAGAAAUGCACCUGAAGCAGUGAAAGACACAGGAAAUCUUGGUGGAGCUCGGGUAGGAAUUGUGGCUAAGCCAUCAGCUGAAUUAGUUGCGGGUUUGCUUGGGACUUGGCUUGCUGGUGGAUGUGCAGUUCCACUUGCACUCAGCUAUCCAGAAGCUGAGCUUUCUUAUGUUAUGAAUGAUGCGGAUGUUUCCAUGAUUUUAAGCACACAAGAUCAUCAAGUUCUUAUGGAGAGUAUUGCUGCCAAAUGUUCUGCUCAUUUUUCUGUCGUUCCUUCAGUUCCCAGUUCUAUAUCAACGGCAAGUACAGAUGAACAUCCACAGGAUUUACAAGUGGAUGAAAUUAAAACCUCGAAAGAGGCCCAAGGAGAUGACAUUGCAUUGAUUUUAUAUACUAGUGGUACAACAGGCAAACCAAAAGGAGUGGUUCACACACACAAGGGAAUUCUUGCACAGGUCCAAAUGUUGAUAGAGGCGUGGGAAUAUUCAUCUGCAGAUCGAAUUUUAAAUUGCCUACCUCUGCACCAUGUUCAUGGGCUCUUUAAUGCCUUAUUUGCUCCUCUCUAUGCCGGUGCAGUGGUUGAGUUCAUGCCAAAAUUUAGUGUGAGUGGAAUCUGGCAGAGAUGGCGUGAAUCAUAUCCAAAAGAUGGAACUAAGUUGGAUGAUGCUGUUACUGUGUUUACAGGAGUUCCAACCAUGUACACUAGAUUUUUACAAGGAUACGAAGCGAUGGAUCCAGACUUACAAGCUACUUCAGCCUCAGCUGCAAGCCAGUUGCGUCUUAUGAUGUGUGGUUCCUCUGCACUUCCUUAUCCCAUUAUGAAGCAGUGGGAAAUCAUAACAGGCCAUUGGCUUUUAGAACGUUAUGGCAUGACUGAGUUUGUUAUGGCACUUUCAAACCCCUUGAAAGGUUUGAGAAAGGGAGGAACUGUUGGAAAGCCACUACCUGGUGUGGAGGCUAAAAUUCUUUUAGAUGAUGGCGCUGGGAAUGACACAAACGGAGUAGGCGAGCUUUGUAUUAGAAGCCCUUCACAGUUUAAGGAAUACUGGAAGCGACCAGAGGUGACAAAGGAAUCUUUUAUUGAAGGUGGGUUCUUUCUGACUGGGGAUACAGUUAAAGUUGACGAGGAUGGAUACUACGUUAUUUUGGGACGUACAAAUGCAGAUAUCAUGAAGGUCGGUGGUUACAAGUUAUCUGCAUUAGAGAUUGAAGCAGUGAUUUUAGAGCACCCGGUCGUGUCAGAGUGUUGUGUACUAGGUUUACCAGAUAAAGACUAUGGAGAAGCUGUCACUGCGAUAAUCGUACCCGAGGCAGAUGCAAAGCAAAGAGCAAAAGAAGAGUUCAAACCAGCUGUCUGCUUAGAAGAACUACAGUUGUGGGCUAAGGAUAAACUUGCUCCGUACAAAAUUCCAACGAGGUUGAUAUUGUGGGAUUCACUUCCCCGCAAUGCCAUGGGAAAGGUGAACAAGAAGGAGCUAAAGACCAAGCUCGAUUGCUGAAAUAUGAACUAUGAAGUAUAAUGCAACAGGCAACAGCUAUUAGGACCCGCAGAGUGAGACCUCGAGUUCGAAGGUUGGGAAGCUUGCUACCCUAGUAACUACAUAGUCUACAUUUACCAAAUCCAAAUACAAUCAGGUUUCAUCGCGUCAAAUCUCACCAAUAAUAGACAGACCUUAUCCUAUUCAAUUUAGUAAAAUAUCUCAUCGCUUCCACUCUAAUUUAUUUUAAGGUAUCAGUGUUAUAUUUUUCUGAUAUAUUCUGUUUAGUCAAUCUAAAGAAGUUGUA